UUGAAUUCUCCAUAUUUUUGACGGAUUAAUUAGAUUUUACUUCCAAUUUCCAAUGAAUUAUUGAAAUACUGCUUUUAACUAGACAAAUUAUGACAUUUAUGAAUUAAUCAUUAGGUAUUCUAGGACUGAUAUUGCAGAUUUAUCAGAAACAUAUAUCCUAAGGUUCAAGCCGCCAGCAGCCAACGUUAACAACUAAUAACAUCAUAGUAAACUAAAAACUUACAAAUGAAUAAUGAAAAGAGAAAUUCUCGUGGAAGAGGCCGUGGCCGUGGCCGAGGAAGAGGCCGUGGCAGGGGACGUGGGCGUGGCAAAAAAGUUGCCAAAGUCAUGUCUUCUGAUGAAGAGGAAUGUUCUGUAGAAGAAACCAUUCAGGAUCCUGAAGAAGUCCCAACAGAGGAGCCGAAAGAUGAUAAUGAACAGGCUGAACCUCCAAAACUGGAAGUGCCCUCAGACAUUUCACAACUGGAGACUCCAGUAUUCACAACAAUACAGCGUGGACCCCCUGAGCCUAUGCUGCGUUUGGAUUGGAGUCAUAGAGCUACUUUGAUCGGGGAGAAAGUUCUAAAUCCUAUGAUUUAUUGCUGCGAUACUUGCUCUAAACCAAUCCUUAUCUACGGCAGAAUGAUUCCUUGCAAGCAUGUAUUUUGUUUAUCAUGUGCCAGAUCCGAUCACACACACUGCCCUCGCUGUAGAGAGAAGGUGCUGCGUGUGGAGCAGACUGGUUUGGGAACAGUGUUCAUGUGCACACAUUCCGGAACAAGAUAUGGAAAUACUGGUUGCAGGAGGACUUACUUGUCACAGAGAGAUCUGCAAGCUCACAUAAACCAUAGGCAUGUGUCUACUGGCUCGGGGGAGAACAAACCAGACCCAGAGCCGACCACACCCUCCGUACCCAUCAUCAAACCUAUGACUCUGCCGCCGUCAGCGGCAGACCCGCGCUCGCACACGCUGUCGCACGGCGCGCACGCAGCGCACGCGCACGCGCCGCACGGCCCGCACGCAGCGCACGCGCACGGCGAGCGCCGCCCCGCGCGCACCAACCUCAUCACCGUGCCCAUACAGGACCAGUCUGAACACUACUACAACUACUACCAGCCUCCACAGGCGGGGGGCGGCGCGCUGCCGCCGGCAGCCGUGUCGUCAGUGCAGGUGGUGCCGCACAACAUGAGCGUGCCCCCGCCCUACUACGUGCCCCCCUACUCCGCACCACCCGCACAGUACGUGCCCCCGCCUGGUGGUAGCCUAACUCCAAACGUGGCGGGUGUAUCGUCCCUACCACCUAGCGUGGGUAUCGGCAGCGUGGGCAACGUGGGCCCAGUGUCAGGCGAGGCGCGCUGGCCGGACGGCUACCAGCCGCCCACGGUGCCCGUGCAGCCGUGGCCCCAGCCGCAGCACCACUAUUACCGGUAGCAUCAACAAUACAACCACUAUUGGGGAAACCAAUAGUGGGCAACUCAGCUGUCAGGUAACAGCCCAGAUGUGGGCAAAAUACCACUAGCCAAGCUCCAAGUUGAUUAUUAGCAGCCCAACUUUUGGAUAUGGGAUAGCAUUGCUGAGAUUAUUUCUUUCAGAUGAGUGGGAAGGACACGAGUGAUCUUUUUUAUUUUAUAUGUGAAUGAAUAAUGAAUAUGCGUAACAAAGUUAUGUUGCAAUUAUUAUCCCUUAUUUAGAUUAGGAUGUGCAUUGUUAUAUUGACUCUUGUUUUAAAUGUAUUACUGUAGUAAUGAAAUAUAGCUCUAAAAUUAAAUAUUACUCUACAAGUUUUAUCAAUGUUAAAGUAAGCACUUACAAUGUUAUUCGAUAAAUUAUUACAGUAGAACCUUGGUAACAUAAAAACCUCUAUAACUUCAAAAAAGAAUAUGUUCCCUUCACAUCAGAGCCAAAAUUCUCUAUAACAUAGACCCUUGAUAAGUCAUAUAACCUAAAACCUCUGUAACUU